GGUUCAGUUCCCGCUGGUGCUUAGAGGCGCAAACAACUUAGAAUGUGAAAAAAAUUAACGCACAGCUGUGAAUUGAAACGAGAAUUGGUCGAAAAAAAAAAAAAAUUCCAAGUGACAAGAAUUAUAAGUUAAUUAGUUAAUUAAAAGGUGAUAUUUAAAAAGUAGAAAAAUCAAUUAAAAAUAAUAUUGUAGACCACAAUUAAAAUACAAAUACAACAAAAACAUUUACUAGCCGAACUCCUUAUUUGACGAGUGUUUAUUUUUACAUACAUAUUUUUCGGUGCAUUUGUAUGCAAAAUUUAACGCGUUUAUAGAACUUGUUACAACAACAAGAACUUGUGUCUGUGUGUGUAUGCGCAUAUGUCUGGUAUGCUAAUUGUCGAAUCUGGUGGAAUAAUUUGCUCAAUUAAUUAAACACAGCAGCUGUGCGAAGCUGCAGUGGACUUAGCUCUAUUUAACCGUUACUCACACUUCGAGCGCUGUCAAAGUAAACUAGUGAAAUUCCAGACAAGUUUACAAAAAGCUGCAACAACAAGAUAAACACGUGACCACAAGAAUUCCACAAUUCCAACAGCGCAAUUAAAACAAGAAAAAAAUUGUAAAAGGUCGACUCAGCGUAAAAAAAAGAGAUUGUUAUAGAAAUAAAUAAAAAAUAAUUCACAUUCUAAGUGGAAUCUAAUAAGAAUACAAGAAAUAAGUAGAAUAACUCGACAUACAGUAUUGCAUAACAGUAACGGAACAUGGGUGUAACACUGGAGGUGCGAAAUGGCAAGAGCGCCAAAGCGAACGAAGCAGAUCUUGAGGGUAGUGAUGGCAAGAAGACUCACCGCACAAGCAACUUGGAGACAGCAACACAUCUCUUCAAAGGUAGCGUUGGCGCUGGUCUCUUCGCCAUGGGUGAUUGUUUCAAGAAUGGUGGUCUGGUCGGCGCUACUGUGCUAAUGCCCAUCCUAGCGGUUAUUUGCGUGCAUUGUGAGCGUCUGCUGAUCGACGGUUCGAUUGUGAUGGUGGAGAAGACACCCGGUGUGGACUUCUUCGACUAUCCGGAUACGGUGGAAAAAGUCUUCGAAUAUGGGCCACCGCCUGUGCGGAAAUUGUCAAAAUUAAUGCGCACCAUUGUGGAGACUUUUUUGUGUGUAACACAAUUCGGCUUCUGUUCGAUAUAUUUCGUUUUCAUUACGGAGAAUCUUUAUCAGGUUCUGCAACAAAACGGCAUUGACAUUAGUCAAACAACUACAAUGGCCCUCGCAUUGCUGCCGGCCAUGUUGCCCUCGUUACUUACCAAUUUGAAGUACAUCUCACCCAUUUCGAUGUUGGCCAACUGUUCGCUACUCUUCGGUCUAUUCGCCACGCUGGUGAUCGCGUUGCAAGGUCCCAUGCCGGCCAUAAGCGAGCGUCACUACAUAACCAACGGUACGCAGAUGGCAUUGUUUUUCGGCACAGCACUCUUCUCAUACGAAGGCAUUGCGCUCAUACUACCGUUACGUAAUAAAAUGCGUAAUCCUGAAAACUUUACGAGUACUUUUGGUGUUUUAAAUAUGACCAUGGUGGUGGUAACGUCAAUUUUCAUAUUUACUGGUUUCAUUGGUUAUAUGCGUUGGGGUGAGGAUGUUGAGGGCAGCGUUACGUUGAAUUUGAACUCGGAAGAUGUCUUGUCACAGGUUGUCAAAAUCGUAGCUGCGAUGGGUGUUUUCUUCGGGUACCCCAUACAAUUCUUUAUUCUGAUCAAGAUCAUUUGGAAACCGAUGAAGGAAUCGUGCGGUAUGGCCCAAAGCUAUCCCAUCACGAUACAAGUUGUGCUGCGUUUCAUCUUGGUUUGGUGUACAUUCGGUGUUGCUGUCAUUGUGCCGAAACUCGGUCUCUUCAUUUCGCUAAUCGGUGCACUGUGCUCCACUUCAUUGGCGCUGUUGAUACCAGUGAUACUCGAUUUUGUAUUGCGCGCUGGAGUGCCCAAAGCCUUGACCACUUGGGUGUACCUGAAGAACAUGGCGAUUGUGCUGAUUGCCUUGUUAGGCAUUGCCACCGGCACUUAUCAGAGCAUUGUCGAGAUAAUCAAAGAAUUUUAUGAUUAAAUAUGUUGUGGCAGAUAAAUACUAAUUAAGUCCAUAUUCAUGUAUGUAUAUAUGUGUUUAUGUAGUAUAUAUUACCGUUAUGUUAAGCAUACUUGUAAUUACGUGUUAUUUAGUGUUAGUACAUUUUUAAGUAUUUGUCCAUAAGAAAAAUAAUUAUCGAUAAAAGCAAUCUAUUGUAAAUAAACUAUAUUGUAAAUACUUAGUUUAUAGGUGUACUUAUAAAAAUUGAAAACUGUUUUAUCGUAACUAAUGAAUAUCGACAUCACUUAUAUAUAUAAUUUUUUUCAUAACGGAAGGAUAUCAUUGCGAUUUUUAUGCCUUAGUAGUGCCAAAUAGUCUGUUAGCGUUAUUUAAAUAUUUGUAUUUCUAUGGUUUUUAUAUAAUAUGAAGCUGUGCUAAGAUAAACACUGUGUUACUCUGUUUUAAAGAAUUUGAUUAAAAAACUUAAAUUAUUUUACAUAAAAAUUAAAUAUUAUUUCUUUUAAGUUUUAAAUAUAUUUUUAAUUGUAAGAAAAUAUGUAUUACUAGUCUAGCUAGCUAUCCAUAAGAUAAAAAUGUAUUUUAUAGAAACGUGCUAAAUAAAAAGAAAACAAUAUUCAACUAUAACCUCUAAAA